CAGAGCCGAGAAUGGUAACUUGUGUCGGAACAGAAGCCCUCACAUGAGUGGCAUGCUUCAUGGAGUUAUGUACCUUGCGUUGCCCCCUGAUCUGAUAUCAUGGAUUGCAAAACCUUAAUACUUUUUCUUUUUCUCUUCACGUUUAUUUCCAGCGCAGAUUUCAUUAUUCAUCCGUCCAAUGAAGUUAACCUGUUGGACUCCAAAGCAAGCCAAGGGGAGCUGGGUUGGAUAUCAUCCCCAUCCCAUGGGUGGGAGGAAAUUAGCGGCGUGGAUGAGCACUACACACCCAUCCGGACUUUCCAGGUGUGCAACGUGAUGGAAUACAGCCAGAACAACUGGUUGAGGACCAACUGGAUUCCUCGCAACUCUGCUCAAAAGAUCUAUGUGGAGCUCAAGUUUACCCUAAGAGACUGCAAUAGUAUUCCCAUGGUCCUAACCUGCAAAGAAACAUUCAACCUACACUAUCUGGAGACAGAAGAAGACCAGGGAAAUAAGUUCCGUGAGCACCAGUUUUCCAAAAUAGAUACAAUCGCCGCAGAUGAGAGCUUUACUCAGAUGGACCUAGGUGACCGCAUUCUGAAGUUAAACACAGAGGUCCGUGAGGUGGGGCCCAUGACUAAGAAGGGCUUCUACCUGGCUUUCCAGGACGUGGGAGCCUGUGUGGCCCUAGUGUCGGUGCGGGUGUACUUUAAAAAAUGCCCUUUCACAGUGAGGAACCUGGCUAUGUUUCCUGACACGGUUCCCACAGACUCUCAGUCGCUGGUGGAAGUUAGAGGCUCCUGCGUCAACAAUUCCAAGGAGGAGGAUCCACCAAAAAUGUACUGCAGUACCGAGGGAGAGUGGCUGGUGCCUAUUGGGAAAUGCCUGUGCAACAUAGGUUACGAGGAGCGGGGAGUCGCUUGCCAAGCCUGCAGGCCCGGUUUCUAUAAGGCUUCAUCUGGGAACGUCAAGUGCUCCAAGUGUCCUCCACACAGCUACACACACCAGGAGGGAUCUGUACACUGCGGCUGUGAGAAAAACUACUUUCGAGCAGAAGAGGACCCCGCCUCCAUGGCCUGCUCUCGUCCUCCCUCUGCCCCUCGCAAUGUGAUUUCUGCCAUUAACGAGACCUCAGUGAUUCUAGACUGGACCUGGCCAGCAGACAUCGGAGGCAGAAAGGAUGUAAUAUUUAAUGUGGUCUGCAAGCGAUGUUGGCCGGGUCCCAGACAGUGUGAACCCUGUCGAGGGGCUGUACGCUUCCUGCCCCGUGCUUUUGGCCUCACUAACACAACCGUAACUGUGGCAGACCUCCUGGCACACACCAACUACACAUUUGAGAUUGAGGCCCAAAAUGGAGUGUCCUUUCAGGCCCCCACAAUCCGCCAGUACGCUGCGGUCACCAUCACUACAAAUCAAGCAGCUCCAUCUGCAGUGACUGUCAUCAGGAAGGACCGAACGUCAAGAAACAGCAUCUCACUUUCUUGGAUGGAGCCUGAGAGACCCAAUGGAAUAAUUCUGGACUAUGAGGUCAAAUACUAUGAGAAGCAGGAACAAGAGACCAGCUACACCAUCUUGAGGUCGAAGGGUACAAAUGUUACACUGAAUGGACUGAAACCUGACACCACCUACCUGCUUCAGAUCAGAGCUCGUACGGCUGCCGGUUACGGCAGUAGCAGCCGCAAGUUUGAGUUCGAGACCAGCCCCGACUCCUUUUCCAUCUCCAGUGAGAACAGCCAAGUAGUGCUGAUCGCUAUCUCCUCCGCCGUGGCCAUCAUUCUCCUCACUGUAGUGCUCUACAUUGUGAUUAGCAGGUUUUGCAGGUACAGUAAGUCCAAACAUCCGGACGAAAAGAGGCUGCCUUUUGGUAACGGCCACUUGAGACUGCCUGGCAUCAAGACUUAUGUGGACCCGCAUACUUAUGAAGACCCGAGUCAAGCCGUGCAUGAAUUCGCCAAGGAACUGGAUGCGUCUUGUAUUGCCAUUGACAAAGUCGUUGGGGCAGGGGAGUUUGGAGAGGUGUGUAGUGGCAGACUGAAGCUGCCAUCUAAGAAGGAGAUCUGCGUGGCCAUCAAGACACUCAAAGCUGGAUACACAGAGAAACAAAGACGGGACUUUCUCAGUGAAGCGAGCAUCAUGGGACAGUUUGAUCACCCCAACAUCAUCAGACUGGAGGGUGUGGUAACACGCAGUAAACCUGUGAUGAUAGUGACCGAGUACAUGGAGAACGGCUCCUUGGAUGGCUUCCUGCGAAAACACGACGCCCAGUUCACAGUGAUUCAGCUGGUGGGCAUGCUACGUGGCAUUGCGUCUGGGAUGAAGUAUCUGUCGGAUAUGGGUUACGUGCACAGAGACCUAGCUGCUCGGAACAUCCUGGUCAACAGCAAUCUAGUGUGCAAAGUGUCAGACUUCGGCUUGUCCAGAGUGUUAGAGGACGACCCAGAAGCGGCCUACACAACAAGAGGUGGCAAGAUUCCAAUCCGAUGGACUGCGCCAGAGGCCAUCGCCUAUCGCAAGUUCACCUCAGCCAGUGACGUAUGGAGCUAUGGGAUUGUGCUAUGGGAGGUCAUGUCUUACGGAGAAAGGCCUUAUUGGGAGAUGUCCAAUCAGGACGUAAUAAAAGCAGUGGAUGAGGGGUAUCGUCUUCCUCCCCCCAUGGAAUGCCCUGCCACACUUUACCAGCUAAUGCUAGACUGCUGGCAGAAAGACCGAAACAACCGGCCGAAAUUUGAACAGAUUGUCAGCAUUCUGGACAAGCUUAUCCGCAACCCUAGCAGUCUGAAGAUCACAGCCAGCACUGCAUCCAGACCGGUGAAUUUACUGCUGGACAGGAACAGCACUGACAUCACUUCUUUUCACACAAUGGGAGAUUGGCUGGAGAGUGCGAGGACGUUGCCCUGUAAAGAUGCAUUUAGCGGCAUUAGCUACAGCUCCUGUGAUACACUGGCCAAAACCUCAGCAGAGGACUUCAAGAAAGUCGGCGUGACGAUCGUUGGACCUCAGAAGAAGAUCGUGAGCAGCCUAACAACACUUGAAACACAUUCAAAGAACGGUCCAGUUCCUGUGUAAAAUUAAAAAUGAGUGACGGAAAAGAUACUUCUAUAUGAUGCUGCUUUGGCUUUAACAGACAGUAAAUGGGUAUUAAAUGAAAGGAGGAAGUGGAAUUACAAUUCUUGAAUUGAUGCACGAAGCAGAACAACCUUCAUGGAGAAUGAUCACGUCUUCCUGGGCACGAGGUGAAAAGACAAAGAACGCGUUUCUCAGUGACUGACAUAAUGCCUUAGAGAGAGGCGGGUGACCACGGACCUCAUGUUUAGGAGUCCACAGUAACGCUGGAUGGAUCUUAUAGACAGAAGGCUCCAAUGGGAUGGACGCUGGUCCGAUCCACAUGGAUUUGAGGAAGAGCUUUUCAUAUGUGGCAGGAGAGCAUAAAAAAGCCUUCAGGAAACAAAACAAAAAAACUUUGCAAAAGCAUCCGUCUUCCUUUUGGAAGGUAGCACUUCAGAGAGGCAAUAGUUUUCGUGGUUUCAGGCCACUUGUAGAAAAGUCCCCUUUAAUUCUUCUGAAGAACAGCAGGAGAAAUGCAGUACACCUGGUUACUGUUAGAGCAAUCUGGUAAUGCUUGUUAGGAUCUGACACAUUUGGCUAUAUAUUUGAUAGUAAACCAUUAAUCUGCAAGAGCAGAGAGCCAUUCUCGAGAAUCAGGGAUGGAGCAGAGGAGGUGUUUGGGUAAACUUGCCUUUUAAAAGGUUUAUUUGUUAACAUAGCCCAUGACGUGUUUGUUUGUUUGUACCACUGCGUUCGGAUAAUAAAUGAAUUCAUUAUCAAAUUUAUAAAAGAAAAAGAAAUCAAUAAGAGUCUGUUAAUAAUAAUGAACUGAAGACAUUUUAUGGCAGCAUCAUGCAAGGAAUCCAGACAGAAUACCAGCAGAGUGUUGAUCUCCGAAGUCUCAGAUAUAAUAUAUAAGAGAGACACAGGCUAUGUUUGAAACAAAAUACUAUCUUACUACACUGUUAAAAGUGAUUAUUUACUUUACUUUAAAAAAGUGAAUAAACUCAUUGCCUUAAAAGCAACAAGUUUACAAAGUUUGUUAAAACUUUAAGUUAAAUUAACUAAACUUUUAUAAUUAUGUGCAUCGUUUAUUUAAGGAAAUAGGUUUAAUCACUUUUUUAAAGUAAAGUCAACUAAUUGUUUUUUAUAGUGUGCAUAACAUUAACUGGUAUGUGAAACAGAAUUUUUUUUUUUACAACAUUUCACAUGACCUCAUUGUGAUGCAUGUUUCACUUUCCUCUGCAUCCACUGGCCUGCUUGAAAAUGAGAUUCAGAGUAUUUUUGCAUUUCUAUUCCAAUGAAAAUUAAUAUUGAAACCACGUUGACAUGAUAGCAGUAUGACUUGCUCCACUACCUUCUUUUUUGUUGUUGCUGAUAAAAAUUAUUUUAAUUAUUCAGCCCAUUUAUUCCAGUCACCUGACUUCAUUCUGGUAAUGCUUAUUUUUCACAAUCCAGUCUAUUUGUUGUUGAGUUAAACAAAGUCUCAUUCAUUUGCUUUACACUUUACCUAAGUAGUGUUUAUAAGACUGUCAUGAAACCUUUAGGAUCAUGACACACUCUCGGAAAUAAAGGUAUGCAAGCUGUCAUUGGGGUGGUACCUUUUGAAAUUUUACAAAUUUGUACCUAAAAGAUACAUAUUAAUACCUCAAGGGUACAUAUUACUACCUAAAAAGUACAAAAGUGUUCCUCUUAACAUUUGUAGGUACUAAUAUAUACCAAUAUGGACCCUUUAGAUACAAAUGUGUACCUUUUCCAAAGGUACCACCCCAGUGACAGCUUGCAUACCUUUAUUUCUGAGAGUGCAUGACAGGUGAUGAUUAUGAAGGAGAUUUUAUGCAUGACACCGCCAUUGUGUCAUUAGUGCAGUUAUCUCAUUUUAAAUGCAAAGAUGACAAGUUAUGUUGUAGUGACUAACGCUUAGGGCCCUAUCAUACACCUGGCGCAAUAAAGAGCAAGACGUGUUUUGUGCGAUUUGUUGCUAUUUUCAGACCAGUACAACCCUAAUUUUGAUCUUUGUUUAAAUAGCAAAUCCAUUGGCACUACUUUUUGGACUCAUGGGGAGCUUUUCUAAAAAAGGAGGUGUGUUAAGGCGCAUUGUUGGUGCAUUGCUAUUUUGAGGAACUAAAAUAGACCAUGCCAUUGACCAAGUAAAAGCUGGUCUAAAGUUCAGCGCAGAGUUAGUUAUGUGCCUAUGCAGGGUUAAACACUUAAUACACACAGGAUGUACAGCAAUACACAAAAAUCUUUAUAUAUGAAAAAAAGGAGUAAAAAAUUACAAAAAUGUAUAUUUUCUACAUAAAUAUAAAAACCACUACCUUUAGACUUUACACCUAAAUCGUUAAAAUAGAGCCCUUAAUGACAGUUGCCAUAAGCAUGCACAAAAUCUCAUUCAUAUUCAUGAAUGUCUUUUUAUGAUUAUAAUGGUUUCAUGACAGUCUUAUGAACAUAGAAACAAGAAAGUCAGGUGAGUCCAUAAUGACAGAAUUGUAAACACAAAUCUAUAGAUUCACAUUUUAUUGGUUGAAUGAAUUCACAGUCAUUUGUCAUGAAACGUUCAAAAUUUGAGGGCAGUCAGUUUUGUUGAAGACAAACAGAGUUUGCACUAUGAUGUUUUUUCUAUAAAACACACUUCUACAUGCAGUAAUGUCUCACACUAGAAAUGAAAAACUCAAAUCAUGCUUGUUGCAUUAUGGGAUAAGGUCUUGUGCGGUGUGCUCUGCUGUAUCCAGCAAAAAGCCAUCUGGAUAUUUCACACAGUAAGAACAUUUUAACAUACAGUAUUGAUAGUAUAAAAUGUAUACUUAAUAAAAUAGUAUGGUAGUGUGCUAUUCUGAACAUAGCCAUGCUCUGUAAUUUUGAUUUUACAAGAUGAGAUCAGUAAUAUAAAAUCUUCAAGUUUUUGAGUGUGUGAGAGAAGGCUGAAAAAGGCUCACUUUUCAGAACAUCCAGCCUAAUUGCCUUCAGAAAGGUUCCUGAAGAUUUGUCUUAAAAUAACACUCCACCCUUUUGGGAAAUAGGCUCAUUUUACAUUUCCCUUAGAGUUAAACAGUUAAGAUUUACCAUUUUUAAUUUAUCCAGCCGAUAUCUGGAGCCUUAUAGCUAAGCUUAGCAUGAAUCGCUGAAUAGGAUUAGACCAAUAUCAUCAUCUCUCAAAAAAUUAUUUAGCUUAUUUAAAAAGUAAGCAACGUUCCUUAAUUAAUAUAUCAGAAUGAGAGUAUAGUGCAUAGCCAUAUUGACCUAGAAAAUAGCAACUUUUCAUUUUCCGCCAGGCUGAAAACACAAUGUAACUUCAGAAGUCAAGCUUUACGUUGGAAAAUUAUAAAUCUGUGAAAAUUCCAAGCGAGAUUCUAAUGGUUUAAUCCAAUUCAAUGAUUUAUGCUAAGCUAAAAGUGCACAACCAGACUCCAGAUUGACUAAAUAUUAAAAUAAAAAUGUAUUGUACAAAUUUAGUUCCCACAAAAAGUGGAGUGUUCCUUUAAAACACUUUCAAAAAUAUAUAUAUCUGGAAAUUUUGGAGGACAUCCUGAUAAUAAACUUAAAAUAGAGCACUAGUUGUGCACCAAUCAUACCAUGUUCUUCACUAACUUAUGAAGGAACUUUCCAUUUUUCCUCUGCGUCCUUUUCAUCCUGCCUGUAAAUGUUGCUUUAUUCCUGCUGUUAGCAUGUACAUACGUGAACCGGACCUGUUAUGAUAGCAACGGUGACUCUAGAGGUAUAUCAUUUACCUGGACAUCCCU